AUGCUGUGCCCCGCGCGCUGUUCGUGCUUCCUCUGCCGCGAACUGCAGUCUUGUCGCGCCGCCGACGCGAGGAAACCCCCCAAACACAACAUGUGCGACAACUUCAUACUUAAAAAGGCAGAAGCCUGGGAGCCCAUGAAGUUCAUCCGCGGCGCCGCGAGACUCUCCGUCCGCCAUUGGCAGAACAAAGAACCGGUGAUGAACAAAACCAGGAUCAACACUCACAAAUCCACGAGCUGCGAACAGCUUUAUCCCCAUCCGUCUGAAGACGACGUGGGCCCGUUCGGGAUGCGCCGCGCUCCCAGCACGGACAGGGUUAAACCGGAAUCCAAACCACUAUUCAAGAUUCUCGGCAAUUCAAAGUCGAAAAAAAUCAACAGUGACGCUUCGGAAACUAAGGCGCGACGUAGCGUUUUGAAUUUCAAGAAAAGUGAUGCGAAUCCUAAGAACAUCCAUGAAAAGUAUAUCCCAUUACCUCAAACAUCGUCACCCGAGGAACAUAUUUACAGUGAACCGAGACCCUGGAAUCCACAAUACGAUGAUUGUUGUAGACCUCCAGUGUAUCAAAGUGUUGAAAAAAGAAAGGAAGAGAAUAAUAAAGGUUCUGUUACAGAGAAGAAGAUUUAUAGCAACCGACCACCUUGCUACGAGGAGCUGGCUCAAAGACUAUCACAAGAAAAGAAUAAGAAGUCAAAUCAACCUAUUCCUGAAAACGGACUAGCAAAUAAAAUUACACAAAACAAUAACAAAGUAGUUAUAUACUUUGGAGAUUCAAUUAUCAGAAAACACAACGAGCAAAAGAAAGAAGAGAUGAAACAAACUGAUGAAGCACAUAAGAAAGAAGAAGCGAUAUAUGUUAAUCGUCUUCUAGAUGAGACUGCUAACUUGGGUCUGAGUAAAGAAGUAGACAAAGGUGGAGGAACUCAAAUGGUUUCCGAAGUAGAAGUGCCGGAAGCUAUUUAUGCCGAAGUUAAGUCUGAAGACGCUAAAGAUGUCUCCGAGGUAGUGACAAUUAAUGAUGCGACAUACAAAAAGGAAGUUUUUGAGACAAUGAGUUCAGACGGAUUUUUGGUUGUAGAGUUUGAGGGAAACUUUGAAAGGGCUCGUCAUUUGGUCGAGUUAGUGCAUGGGGGAGGCAAUACAGAUCACCACGAAGCUACUGUUUUGGACGAAGAUGAAAACUGCGAUUGGAGCUUCAUACAGGAUUGGAGGAAACGGCCAUCCAGCGGCUGCAGACCUUCCGAAGAAGCGGCGUGGUGCGGCGGCGUGUCAGGUGCGCGCGCGCUGCGUGUGCGCGUCUCCAGCACGAGCACGCCGGCGUCCGCGCACGCUCGCCGCCUGUCGCCGCCGCCGCACGCGCAUCGAGCGACUACGCCGCCUAGACCUACUUCACCUAAUAACAAACCUCACCAUGAGGAACCGACGGUGUCGCCCGAGCCAGCGACCACGGCGCAGCUGAAGACAGUCAGCGCUGUCUCCCAGCUGAUGGUAACCAGUUCUCCUGUGAAGACUGUCCCGCAGAGCAGCUACGCUCUGGAACGACGGGCGAAGCAAGAACACCACCAUCGUUCCUUGGAGACUGUACCAGCUGUUCAGAAUGGCGUCCGAGAAUGCAACAGCAGUUCGGAUGAAAAUCGUUCGUCUGGACAUGCUUCCAUGUCGGACAGCGGCGGGGGAGGGGAAGCGGGACGCGGGGAGACGAGGAGGAGCAGGCAACCACCACAGAGGACCAAGCAUCGGCCACACAAUAAGCUACAAUCCCCAUGGCCAGGCGGUGGAGGUCUGGAAGACAUCAGGUCAGCCAUCAAGCAGCUGACGCUCCGGUCUCGAGACAGCAGCAGCACAGCGACCAGUGGCGCUUCCAGUGCUGGCGGCAGUAACAAUGGAGUUCAAGAAACUGGCAGCGCAGCAGAAGCGCGUAGAAGACGAGCACCCCUGGUUCGACAGCCAUCUCUGGAUACCGUGUGUACCAACGUUACCAGCGCUGAUGAGUUCGUCUGGGUCGACUCGCAUAACAGACUAGUGGAGUUACGCUGCGUACCCUGGACGGCCAGCGAAGUGAGCCGCGCGCUGCAAGCCGGGAGAUGCAAGGAGAUCGUUCACAGGAUGGCGCCCGAUUCGCCGCCGAGACUGGCUUAUCUUCUGCAAAGGGCAUUGGUGCGGAUAUCUAGAGAAGCACAGAGACUGUCCCAGAAUUUCGGUUUCUGCUCCAAACACGAGGUGGCAGGAGCAUUCAGAAUUGUCUUGAGCACUCCACUUGCUGACUCCUGUAUCAAAGGUUGUCAGCGGGCAGCCACAAUGUACGCCACGUCGGGCUCCGCGGCCAGGAGGCUGGGGUCGGCAGCCCGAGCCCGCACCAGCCUCGCCCCGGGCCGGUUCCAACGCUGGAUGCUGGAUGUUCGCGUCGCUUCGUUCGUCCAUGAAUACGCCGCAAUAUACCUCUGCGCAGGCAUGGAGAACCUUCUAGAAGAGAUGGCUCUAAUAGCCGGCGGAGGAGCCUCCGCGGGGCCCAUCACACCGGCGGUCAUCGACAAUGCCGUGGCCAAUUGUGCUGACCUGUGGGGCUUGCUGCAACCGUACAGCCAUCUGAACGCUGGUAGAAUUGCAUCGGGGGCGCUGUCCCUAUCUCGCUGGGAGUCCAUGAGUUCUCUGGGGUCCGGCUCGUCAUCAGGUGUCUCCCGGCCGGAGCACCGCCAGCUGGGGCUCAGUCACGAUUCUGGCAUCACCACAAAUGGCUCUGGCGGUUCGGGCAAAUCGGCAGGGUCAAGCGCGAGUUGCGCCGCGUCCGGCGGAUCUGGUGGAUCCGGUACAUCCGCCACAUCUGGGGCUUCGGUUCUCCUCACAACUUGCGCCGGAUCCGCGGCGGAAUUACGCGCGGUUUUGAGAAGAGUUCAACCGCGCGCGCCACCACUAGCGCCGUCUGCUGAACGCGCGCUGUACUACUUUAUGAGGUGUUCCCAGUUGGAGCACACAAGCUCAGGGUCAGGUGGUAGUUGCGGUGCAUCCGGUCUGUGGGGAGAGCGUGGUGCCGGUGCAUUACCACCUCUCGGCGAAUGGUUGAGAGUAGCGAGGGCGCACGCGUCUCUACGCCCGCCACCGGCGUCACCCGACGCUGAUGAUGUACUGCAAGCUGCGAGACUUUUGCUGCCUCAUGCGGAUUGCCCACCUAGAUCGCUUGUUGUCGAAGAAACCAUAGAACCAAUCUGGUCGCGGUGUUCCCGUUCAACUGAUGACCUUGGUCGAGCGGCCCUGGGCUUAGCUCAGCGAGCAUUGCUCAGUGGGAGACCAGAACUAGUGGGAGGAGUGAGGGCCCUUCUGCCUUCAGCUGGAAUCGAUGCAGCUGAUGCCGCAGGACUCACUGCGCUUAUGAAGGCAGCUUUAGCCGGGGACGAUCAGAUUGUGGCAAUGUUAUUAGAAGCUGGUGCCGAUCCAAAUAUUGAAACAGGAGGUAUAUGUGCAGCACAUUGCGCAGUACCAUUGUCCCCGCGGUCACCGAACACUCAACAGACGCCGCAGUCUUAUACACCACCCACUGCUGGUUGGACUGCGUUAGUGUAUGCUUGCGCCGGCAGUGGAGCGGGUGGUGCAGUGGAAUGUGCCAGGAGACUAUUGGCAGCCGGCGCAAGAGUGGACGGCGCUCCAGCUAGAGGCGAUGACGUUUGCACACUUACGCCAUUACAGGUGGCGUGUGGUGUUGGUAAUCUCGAAUUGGUCCAGUUAUUGUUAUCUCACGGUGCUGAUCCGUUCCUAUCAACGCAACUUAACGACGCUCUUUGUUAUUCUCCAGCUGCUCAAUAUGGAUGUUACAGUGCGGUCGCAGUAUGCUGUACUCAUGGCCGUCGCACGUGUCUCCGAGCCGCGGUCCGUGGCGGAUCAGGAGGACGAGGCGCUGGCGCAGUCUUAUCUCUGGAGGAAGUUCUUGCUGAAGGCGCUCCUACUGCUGGCCAGGCCAGACCGCAGUCCUUCACUAAGCAGCAGCAGAGGGCUUUGACAGAUGCGAUGUAUUACGCCGCUGAGACUGAUCAUUUAGAUAUUACAUUAGAACUCCGUGCACUCGGUGUUCCGUGGUCGUUGCAUGCAUGGACGUUGUCGCUGGCUGCUGCCGCGGAGGCUUCACUUGACCAUGUGAUUGAUCAACUGUUACAAGAUUUCUUACAGGUUUGUCCGUCAGAUGACAGUCACUACAGUAAACAGUUUAUUUACGAAUGCCUUCCUCUGCUGUUCAACAUUCUACGGUACAGCAAGAAGGAGGGUACAGUACUGCUAUUGGCGGACAUCCUAUGCGCGUGUUACGGCUGGGAGCCGGUGCCGCCGGUGGCCGAGCCACCGCCCGCUGCGCCCACGCCGAGCAGAGUUGACCCUACAUACGUCAACAAUCCUUCGUUGGCUGAUGUCACUUUCAGGGUGGAAGGACGACUUUUCUACGGUCACAAGAUAGUUUUAGUAUCGGAAUCACCCAGAUUACGAGCAAUGCUGGCCCCACCAAGACCUGCUAACGAAGCCUUGCCGCCUGCAAACACAACGCCACCUUUAGUCCAGAUAAAUGAUAUUCGAUAUCACAUAUUUGAGCAAGUAAUGAAAUACCUGUACUCCGGUGGGUGCUCUAGUUUGGAGAUACCUGAAACAGACGUACUUGAAGUAUUGGCGGCAGCCUCAUUCUUCCAACUCCUGCCUCUGCAAAGACAUUGUGAAGCGAGAGCUGCGAAAACUGUCGAUCUCCACAAUUUAGUGUCGGUGUACAUUCACGCUAAGGUUUAUGGUGCCACUCAACUUUUGGAAUACUGUCAAGGAUUUCUGCUACAGAACAUGGUUGCUCUUCUUACGUACGAUGAUUCUGUGAAGCGUUUGUUAUUUGGAAAACGACUACCCGGACACAAUGUUUUGGGUGCUCUUUUAACCACUUUACAAAAGCGAAUUGAGUCAAGAAAAAGCCAAUCGAAACCUAGGUAGCAGCGGAAUCAUAAAUUAGUUAUGUUUUCAUGUAAGUUAGAUUUAUUUAAAAUGUAAAGAAAACUAAUUACGUAAAACUACAAUAUUUAAUUUAAAUUUCGGCCAUGUUUUACUUUCCUUUGUACCUAUUUAAAAUUAAAGUUGCUAACUUUUAAGUCGUACAUUUUUUUAAAUAACAACAAAGGUGCCGUAAUUCACAGAAUUUUAAAUUGUUCUCAGCACAAAGUAGGUG